GCUGGUUAUAUUAGAACUGAGAGCCUAAUCUACCUUAUUACCUUAUUCAUAUAUGAGUGUGAAGCUAAAGCCAACUCGGAGGACUUAGCGUUCUCACCGAAGUCAUUUAGAUUCUCCUCCACGUUUUAGCAUCUGGGAUUGUUGGAACUGCUGAAGAGGCCUAUCGAUCUGCUGCACUAUCUAGUUUUUAUCUUAACAUAAAGAAAACACCUAAUUCUACUGUUUUUGAACAUUGUUCAAUUGUGGGGAUUCACCUUACAACAGUUUUGCAAUGUCAUUGUUGUCAAAGUUGCGGUGCAUCACAGUCGAUGUCACUGGUACAUUGAUAGCCUACAAGGGGGAGCUUGGUGACUACUAUUGCAUGGCAGCCAAAUCUGUAGGGCAGCCAUGCCCUGACUACAAAAGGAUGCAUGAGGGCUUCAAACUUGCUUAUAAAGAAAUGGCCAGCAAAUAUCCAUGUUUUGGGCAUGCUGCCAAAAUGCCCAACAUCAUAUGGUGGAAAACUUGUGUCAAAGAUUCCUUCAUCCGAGCAGGAUAUCAUUAUGAUGAGGAGACAUUUGAGAAAGUGUUUCGGCGCAUAUAUGCAUCUUUUGGCUCUGCUGCUCCUUAUAGCCUAUUUCCUGAUUCCAAACCAUUUUUGAGAUGGGUCAGUGAGCAAGGUCUUAAGGUUGGACUUGUUAGCAAUGCAGAAUAUCGGUAUCAAGAUGUCAUUCUUCCGGCUUUCGGUUUGAACCAGGGAUCUGAAUGGGACUUUGGUGUGUUCUCUGGUAUUGAAGGCGUGGAGAAACCAGACCCGAGGAUUUAUGAGAUUGCGCUCAGCAGGGCUGGGAACUUAAAACCGGAAGAGGUUCUGCAUAUAGGGGACAGCAUGCGCAAAGACUAUGUGCCAGCAACCAGUAUUGGGAUGCAUGGACUGUUAUUGGAUAGGUUUAAGACAUCUGAUGCUGAGGAAUCGAGGAAAUCUGGUGCGGUUGUGCUUCCCGACUUGGAAGCAGUAAAAGAAUGGCUUACUUCAGAGAAGUCAGCACGCUGAGGGGCUUCUUUUCCCGGAAAUGCGUUGUAACUUAACUCCCUGUGAUCAGUAGAAUUGUUGUUGAUUACAACUUGAUAGCAGUUCUGUUUCUUCAAUUUGUUUCUUUAAAAUCAGCCCAGAAUAUGAUUCAUUAUAAAAGCUAUGUUCUGAGGUUCCUGCAAA